GUGCGCACGCGCCGCUCAUUUGGCAAAGUUUGACGCCCCAACUUUCAUAGUGCAGAUGCAUUAGAAACUGGAAAACUAUGCGGGAUAUUUCUCAGUGGCAGAAUAGAUUUUUUUUUUUUAGUUGUUCCACAGAGAUAAGAAGUCCGGCGCCUACAGUCUCCAGUCUGACCGUGAGCGUGGCUAUAUUACCCUCCACCUGCGCUGAGCUGUUUCAGAGUUUUGCACUUGGUACGACUGUGCGCGCAUAACUUUUUAAAGAAAGCAAAGACUUCCAUAUUUUUUGGCACUUUGGAGCAAGACGGGACACAGAGUGCGCCAGACUUCAAGCGUUGGAAUCAACAAGUGAUUCCAAUUUAGGGGUAAAGGAGAGAGCUACUCAAAGCUUGGAAACGUUAAUGGAAAGCUUUAGAUAACUUUUGAAGUACAUCAUUUUUCGCUUAAGCCACUAGAAGGUGAAGAGGACAUUUACUCAUUUUUACCGCUGUCGUUUUUUUUUUAACCUAGCAUCAUUCUCAGCACCAUGAGAGGACCGGUGUUUUUCCACAUGUGGACGGUUCUAAUUUUGGGAACUUUAACAGGGGUCGUGAGGGCUCAGGUCUCUACGGCCAAAGUGAUGAGGGGCAACAACAGAAGAGACGACUUGUACCACAAGGAGGAAAACAUCACAGUAACGCCACAGGGUGGAGUCAUCCACAGCCCACGCUACCCCAACGCUUACCCUCGCAACCUGCUGUUGUCAUGGAAACUGCUGUCACCACCAGGGAGCCGCAUACACCUGGAGUUUGACGGACACUUUGGACUGGAGGAGGCUGAGAAUGGAAUGUGCAGGUAUGACUUUGUUGAAGUGGAGGACCAAUCGGAGACCAGCACUAUAAUUUGGGGUCGGUGGUGCGGGCAGAAGGCACCACCCAGUCUAAACUCGAAAACCAACAAGCUCAAAGUCACCUUCAAGUCUGAUGAUUACUUUGUUGCAAGGCCAGGAUUUAAAAUCUACUACUCAUUGCUGUAUGAGUCUCCUUUGCCUGCAUCGAACACCAACUGGGAGGCUGUCUCCGUGCCCAUGUCGGACAGUGGUGGCGGGAAGGUGUCAGCGGCGGUCACAGAGCAGACGCCUUUUUCACUCGAUGAUUUAGACAGAACCAUAGCUGCCUUUGACACUGUGGAGCAGCUUCUCAGAUCCCUCAACCCAAACACAUGGAGACAGGACCUGGACAGCAUCUACACUCAAACACACAUACAUUAUAGAUCCAGGGCCUAUCACCUGGCAGGCAGACAUAAUAAAGUUGAUCUGAACCGGCUUCACAACGAUGUCAAGUGGUACAGCUGUACUCCUCGCAACUACUCUGUGAACUUGCGAGAAGAGCUGAAGACCACCAACGCCGUCUUUUUCCCUCGAUGUCUGCUGGUGAAACGCUGCGGGGGCAACUGUGGCUGUGGCACUACUAACUGGAAUAAUGGUUGUACCUGUCAGGCCUCCAAAACAACGCUCAAACUGCACGAGGUGCUGAAGUACGCUCCAGACCCCAUUCGGUAUCAGCGCCAUCAGAGUCCAAAGGUUCGCUGGGUCAUUGAUGAAAUUUUCCUCUCACAUCAUGAACAGUGUGAGUGCGCGUGUCCCUCCCAGCCCCCUCGCUGAGGCGGACACAUCUGGAACUGUUAGACGAGUUGUCCUUUCUAUCUAUUUUGCAAUGGACUUCAUAUAAUAAUAGCACCGCUGACAAACAUGCAGCAAAGAAGAAGGUAACAAUUGACUUGUAAACUGCAGCUCGCGUCAUGACUUACCUUUCCUCUGUCUAUGGGCCAAACCUGCAAAUCCUGUAAAUGCAACUCCCAUCCCAAUGUUUGCUAUUUACCAUUCCUGCAACUUGGUAUUUCUGUCUUCACUGUUCAUGCUGCAUUUAAACAUUACAUGUAUGGUAUGAGUGUUAAUGUCUUCCAAAGAAAUUCCCAUUAAACUCAAUCCAAUUUCUUUCCUCCCAAAUUUUAAAACCGUCAUUGUUGUAAACUUAAAUUUACAUUUUGAUGAAAGGAUUGUAAGGGAGGCCAGCCUGAUUGAACUGAACCUGAAUUUUUCUCCAAGGCCUAGAAAAGAAGUCUUUUACUUUUAUUUCACAUGUUUUGUUGCAUUUUUUGUGUUAAAAUAAGACUGUUUCUAGAAACUUCAGGCAACUGCCAGGAGCAUGCUGAGAUGAGUGAGUGUGAAACAGAAGGGGGGGGG